GUGGAAGGAAGAAAAUUCAUUCCACCAAAUAUCCUUGAUUUUAUAUUUUCAUUAAUUUUUUUUUGAUUUUCCGUUUUAUGUUAGAAUUAUUAUUAGAAUAAUUAUUAUGUUAGAAUUAUUAUUUUAAAGAAAAAUACUCUGUAUAAUAAUUUUCGGAAAGUUUAGUUUUAUUUUUGCGGGUAUAACUGGUGACGUCACUUCCUCCUUCACCAGACCGUUCAUGGCUGUUACGGAGGAAGGUGAGUUUUCACGGAGCUCUUGUUAGAUUGUUGGUUAGAAGUUCGAGUGUAAUGAAAAAUGUUACACAGCCUUUAAAGCUAACAUGUUUGUGAGUUGUUUAACGGUGAAUGGAAUGUUUUUUUAUGGAGUGAAAGAGUUUUACUGUCGCAGCAUUUCUGUGAAUGAGCCGACCGUUUUUCCCGCGCAAUGCUACAUUUUUUUUGCUCCCUUUGUCAUGGGCAGGUGGGCUGAUGUCGGCUGGGUAUGAUAUUUGCUGCUGAACAGUUUUCAUAUCACUCUGUACAGGUAUGUUGUUGUUUUAUUUAUUUAUUGAACUUUUUUGUUCAAUGUCGGAGUUUUAUACUUUUUUUUAUUUUUCACAAUGUACAAGUUUUUUUUAUACAUUACUUAUUGUGGAGGUUUGCUGGUGGCGUGUUUCUGUUAUCUUCAUUUGUUUCAUCUUGAUUUAAAAUAUGUAAUAAUUCAGACCAGACCGUUCAUGGCUGUUACGGAGGAAGGUGGGCUGAUGUCGGCUGGGUAUGAUAUUUGCUGCUGAACAGUUUUCAUAUCACUCUGUACAGAAUAAAUACGCCAUCAGUAGGCUGACCUGGAAUGCCUGAGCGGUGGUCACUACACAACGCAGAGUCAAACAAGUAGCACGCCUGAGGCCGGCUACAUUGGUGCCGUGACGAUCCGGAUUCAUCUUGGAUCAACAACAGCUUGGUCACCGAGGGCUGCUGAUCAUCACCAAGAGUGAGGAGGAGGCUUUGCAGAGGUUGGAGGUUGUCUUUCAGCGGCUGCGAGAGCAUAACUUGAAGCUGAGUCCCAAGAAGUGCCACCUCAUGCGAGCUUCUGUGAAGUUUCUGGGCCACGUCAUUGAUGGAAAUGGUGUGGCUGUGGAUCCAUCAAAAGUUGAGGUGAUAUCCAAAAUGUUGACGUCCGAUUUGAUGGAAGAUGAUGGAUGUACACCUUCUGUUCGACGGAUUAAAUCUUUUCUGGGGAUGGUAUUCUAUUACCAGCACUUCCUCCCCAAUUGCUCUUCUUUGGCUAAACCACUCUUUGCUCUUACUGCUGGACAGAGAAGAAGGGGAAAGGCGAGAGCAAAUGCGGGGACCUAUAGGAAGCUUAAACCAGAUGACUGGACACAGGAAUGCGACUCAGCUUUUAAUAAGCUGAAAGAAAGUCUGAUGGACUGUGUGGUUCUUGCUCACCCUGACUUCUCACGUCCUUUAAUCUUGUCCAUCGAUGCUUCCCUAGAUGGACUUGGUGCUGUGUUGUCACAGAUACCAGAGGGUGAAAGCAAAGCGAGACCCAUAGCUUUCGCGAGUAAGACACUAAGUGGAUCUCAGAGACGAUAUCCAGCCCACCGACUUGAAUUUCUAGCUUUGAAGUGGAGUGUUUGCGAGAAAUUUAGCCAUUGGCUAAAGGGCAACACUUUCACAGUAUGGACAGAUAACAAUCCAUUAACAUAUAUUAUGACAAAGCCAAAGCUUGAUGCUUGCGAACAGCGCUGGGUUGCCAAACUUGCUCCAUACACGUUCGAUUUAAAGCAUAUCCCAGGCACCAAGAAUGUUGUGGCAGACGCUCUCAGCAGAGAUCCAUUUGCCAAAACAGUUGGUCAUAGGCUCAUCACUGAGUGUUAUGAUGAUCUUCUUGUUGAGUCUGAUGGGGUUGGUGAACAGGGGAUUCAAGACGUCUUCCGUCUUAAAGUCCAGUGUCACUGUGUAGGAGGAGCAGCACAAUUCAAUGCUGCUAAGUCUCACUCACUUCAUUCCCCAGGUCAUACAGCUAUAAAAGCCAUCAUUGAUGUACAUGACCGGUGGAAUGUGUCUACAGAGGCUAGGGCAGUUCAGUUAGUCCAGACUGUCCAACAGGUUGCCACAACAGGACUGGAGCCAUUACCUGCUUUUUCCCUGGAAGAGCUCCAACGCAACCAAGAACAAGACCUCAGUAUUUCUAAAAUACUGCCGUUUGUGAGCCGGAAAAGAAGGCCAUCCAGAAGAGAAAGAGAGGGUUUUGACCCUGGAGCUCUUGUUCUUUUAAAACAAUGGGAGAGACUCAAGGUUCUUGAUGGGGUUCUUUACAGAGUAAUCAAAGACCCUUUAAGCAAACAAAGGAGACAUCAGUUUGUUCUACCCAAAUGUCUGGAAGAGAAAGCUUUGUGCGGGGUGCAUGACUUAGCUGGCCAUCAAGGUCAGGCACGGACAAUCUAUCUGGCGAGACAGCGCUUCUUCUGGCCAAAGAUGGAACAUCACAUCAGAAACUAUGUAAAGUGUUGUCAGAGAUGUAUACUGGCUAAGACACCAGAGCCUUCAGCCAGAGCCCCACUUGAAAGCAUCAGGACAUCUGCUCCAAUGGAACUGGUGUGUUUGGACUUCUGGAGCGCAGAAAACAACCGACAGCAAUCUGUGGAUGUUCUUGUGGUCACAGACCACUUUACAAAGUUGGCUCAUGCCUUCCCAUGUGCAAACCAAACAGCAAAACAAGUUGCAAGGAAGCUAUGGGACCAUGUCUUCUGUGUGUAUGGGUUCCCAGAGAGGAUUCACACUGAUCAGGGGGCCAACUUUGAGAGUGAGCUUAUCACAGAGUUAUUAAAGCUGUCUGGCGUAUCCAAGUCGCAUACCACUGCAUAUCAUCCCAUGGGAAAUGGUGGGACCGAAAGGUUUAACAGGACUCUGGGGAGUAUGCUCCGUUCACUACCUCUCAAAGAAAAAGCCAAAUGGCCCCAGCAAAUACAGGCAUUGACACUCGCAUACAAUGCGACAGUACAUGAGACGACCGGUUAUGCUCCUUUUCAUCUCAUGUUUGGCCGUGUCCCGAGACUACCAGUUGAUGUCAUGUUUCAACAGGUCCUGCAUGAUCCAGUGGUGGUUGAUUACAGCAGUUAUGCCAGGACACUAAUGUCCUAUUUGAAAGAGGCGGCAUGUAUUGCUCAAAAACAUACCAUGAAGGAACAGGAUAAGCAGGCCAGGGAAUACAACAAAAAGAUCAAGGGAUUUCAGCUGAACAAAGGAGAUAGAGUCCUCCUUGCUAAUAAAGGGGAGAGAGGGAAGAAGAAGCUGGCCGACAAGUGGGAGUCAAAAGUCUACAGAGUCAUAGACAAGGACCCCAAGACACACAUCUACAAGUUGGAGGGUGAAAAAGGGGAAACAAAAGUAGUGCACCGAAACCUCAUCUUGGAUGUCAGUUUCUUGCCGGUUCAGUCAGCAGAUGAUGACAGGAACGAGACAAUGUGCAAUUUUGAUGAGACUGGGGACCUGUCUUCUAUACUAGGAGUCUUGGGUACAGCGGAGGAUGAGGAUUCAGGAGACACAACCAAUGCAGAGAUACCCAGUGAAACGAGCGAUAUCAGCAUUUUUGUUCCAGAGCAAGGGCGGCCGUGCCAAGAACAGACAGCAGGUGGCAGUGGAGAGUCACUGGGCAUGGGUCAUGAAUCCUUGAACAUGCAUGAAUCUGAGAUUGAGACUCUUGACCUCACAGAGUGUGAUGGUCUAGCUGUGACCCAAGCAGAAAGCAACCCAAGAGAUGAACCUACAGAAGCAGUAGUCACAGCUGAUGGGGGUCAGGGUUCGAGUAGUGACGUCUUUGGCAGAGCAGGUGGAGUUAGGACACGAGUUGGUAGGGUUGUCAAAAAAGUUGACCGCCUGAUAGAGUCUAUGACUCAGAAGCCAUUUAGUAUCGGGCAGUUUACCGGCUCAGUUCGCAGAAGAUCACAGUCUCUACUUACACUGUUUUAGUAAGGAUGAUUGUUUAUUUUCUUUUCUGGUUCCAUUUGUGAGAUGUCCAUUAUUAUGGUUGCGUUGAAGCACGGGACAUAAGUAGAUGGGUGGUUUGGUGUAUUCGGCAUCAUACUGAUCCGUGAGAGUUUGAGGCUUGAUCACCCUUAAAUUUCUCUAGACCUGUGUUAACAGGUAGUUCUAUAGCUGAUAAUAAAGAUAGUAUUCUUUGGAACAUUCCCAUUCUACUUUUGUCUAAGUAUGGGUUUCCCAGUAUGGGACUGAGUUAUUUUGUUGAGCAAUCAGGAUUUUGGUGUCAUUCAGGGGGGGUGAAUGUAGCGUGGAAGGAAGAAAAUUCAUUCCACCAAAUAUCCUUGAUUUUAUAUUUUCAUUAAUUUUUUUUUGAUUUUCCGUUUUAUGUUAGAAUUAUUAUUAGAAUAAUUAUUAUGUUAGAAUUAUUAUUUUAAAGAAAAAUACUCUGUAUAAUAAUUUUCGGAAAGUUUAGUUUUAUUUUUGCGGGUAUAACUGGUGACGUCACUUCCUCCUUCACCAGACCGUUCAUGGCUGUUACGGAGGAAGGUGAGUUUUCACGGAGCUCUUGUUAGAUUGUUGGUUAGAAGUUCGAGUGUAAUGAAAAAUGUUACACAGCCUUUAAAGCUAACAUGUUUGUGAGUUGUUUAACGGUGAAUGGAAUGUUUUUUUAUGGAGUGAAAGAGUUUUACUGUCGCAGCAUUUCUGUGAAUGAGCCGACCGUUUUUCCCGCGCAAUGCUACAUUUUUUUUGCUCCCUUUGUCAUGGGCAGGUGGGCUGAUGUCGGCUGGGUAUGAUAUUUGCUGCUGAACAGUUUUCAUAUCACUCUGUACAGGUAUGUUGUUGUUUUAUUUAUUUAUUGAACUUUUUUGUUCAAUGUCGGAGUUUUAUACUUUUUUUUAUUUUUCACAAUGUACAAGUUUUUUUAUACAUUACUUAUUGUGGAGGUUUGCUGGUGGCGUGUUUCUGUUAUCUUCAUUUGUUUCAUCUUGAUUUAAAAUAUGUAAUAAUUCAGACCAGACCGUUCAUGGCUGUUACGGAGGAAGGUGGGCUGAUGUCGGCUGGGUAUGAUAUUUGCUGCUGAACAGUUUUCAUAUCACUCUGUACAGAAUAAAUACGCCAUCAGUAGGCUGACCUGGAA